GGGGCUCUCCGGCUAGGGUUGGGAGUGAACCUCUUGUCUGAAUUCAUUGCAGUGGAAGGUGCAGGAACUGAGAGGUGGGGAUAUGGAAACCUAUCCCUGAUUGACUGAGCCCUUAUUUGUUCAGUUGGCAUAAACAAAAGCAUCAAAAGAUAAGCCUGUGAAGUAUUACAACAAAGGAUACUGGAAUUAUUUAUACCAUGCAAUGAAGAUUAGUUGUAUGUAGCUGGCACCACGGAGGCCUUUGACAGUUGAUGGAAGUUAAUGUCUCUGAGCUUAUUUCUUCAAUGCACCAAGCAAGCGUUCUAUUACCAGAUAUACCAGAUCCUUCUCCAACCAACAGACCCUUGGCCUGACAUAAGGACUGAUGGCCCCAGAGUGACGUGCCAUGGCUUUGAUGAUCCCUCCAGUGAAGCUCAAAUGGCUGGAGCACCUGAACAGCUCAUGGAUUACGGAGGACAGCGAGUCCAUCGCCACACGCGAGGGCGUCUCUGUUCUCUACUCCAAGCUGCUGACCAACAAAGAAGUGGUGCUGCUUCCCCAGCAGGUGCUGUGCCUCAAGGGCCCCCAGCUUCCUGAUUUUGAGCGUGAGUCUCUGUCCAGCGAUGAGCAGGAGCACUACCUCGAUGCGCUGCUCAGCAGCCAGCUGGCCUUGGCCAAGAUGGUGUGCUCCGACUCCCCCUUUGCUGCCGCCCUGCGCAAGCGUCUGCUGGUUCUCCAGCGCAUCUUCUAUGCCCUCUCUAACAAGUACCAUGACAAGGGAAAAGUCAAGCAGCAGCAGCACUCGCCUGAGAACACCUCAGGCUCAGCCGACCUCCACUCUGUGAACGAGCGGCCGCGCUCCAGCACUGAUGCCCUCAUUGAGAUGGGUGUGCGCACGGGCCUCAGCCUGCUCUUUGCCCUCCUGCGCCAAAGCUGGAUGAUGCCGCCCCUACCUGCCCCCAACGGAGGCGGUGGUGGAGUAGGAGGAGGCCUCAAUCUCUGUAAUGACGUCAUCCACACUGCCAUUGACGUGGUCAGCUCCCUCCCACCUUUGUCUUUAGCUAACGAAAGCAAGAUCCCUCCCAUGGGCCUAGACUGCUUGGCCCAGGUUACCACUUUCCUCAAAGGAGUGACCAUGCCAAAUUCCGGGGCAGACAUUUUGGGCAGGAGGCUGGCUUCAGAGCUGUUGCUGGGCCUGGCUGCCCAGAGGGGCUCACUGCGCUACCUGCUGGAGUGGAUUGAGAUGGCUUUGGCUGCAGCAGCAUUGGUCAGCACCAUGGAGAAGAGCAAGGUUGUGCAGAACCAGGAGGGGCUUAUUGGAUACGACUGCUUUAUGAAUAUCCUGAUGCAGAUGAGACGCUCUCUGGGUUCCUCAGCGGAUCGCAGUCAGUGGAGAGAACCCACACGCACAUCUGAUGGCUUGUGUUCACUCUAUGAAGCAGCACUCUGUCUGUUUGAAGAGGUAUGCAGGAUGGCAUCUGACUACUCCCGCACCUGCGCCAGCCCCGAUAGUAUCCAGACAGGUGAGGCGCCCAUGGUGUCAGAGACCUGUGAGGUGUACGUGUGGGGAAGCAAUAGCAGCCACCAACUGGUCGAAGGCACCCAGGAGAAGAUUCUGCAGCCCAAACUGGCACCAAGCUUUGCGGAUGCUCAGACGAUCGAGGCUGGCCAGUACUGCACCUUUGUCAUCUCAUCUGACGGCUCAGUCCGCGCCUGCGGCAAGGGCAGCUACGGCCGCCUGGGCCUGGGUGAUUCCAACAACCAAUCCACGCUCAAGAAGCUGACCUUCGAACCCCAUCGUGCCAUCAAGAAGGUGUCGUCUUCAAAGGGCUCGGACGGCCACACGCUGGCCUUUACCACGGAGGGGGAGGUGUUCAGCUGGGGGGACGGCGACUACGGCAAGCUGGGUCAUGGGAACAGCUCCACGCAAAAGUACCCCAAACUCAUUCAGGGCCCCCUGCAGGGAAAGGUGGUGGUGUGUGUGUCUGCUGGCUACAGACACAGCGCUGCGGUCAGUGAGGAUGGAGAGCUCUACACGUGGGGGGAAGGAGAUUUUGGGAGAUUAGGUCACGGUGACAGCAACAGUAGAAACAUUCCUACUCUGGUGAAAGACAUAAGCAACGUGGGCGAGGUGUCGUGUGGGAGCUCGCACACCAUCGCUCUGUCGAAGGACGGCCGCACCGUGUGGUCCUUCGGAGGAGGGGACAACGGGAAACUGGGUCAUGGUGAUACAAACCGUGUGUACAAGCCCAAAGUGGUGGAGGCCUUGCAGGGCAUGUUCAUCAGGAAAGUGUGUGCUGGAAGCCAAUCGUCCCUGGCGCUGACUUCCACAGGACAGGUGUACGCUUGGGGCUGUGGUGCCUGUCUGGGCUGCGGCUCCUCUGAAGCCACGGCCCUCAGACCAAAGCUGAUCGAGGAGCUGGCUACCACCAGAGUGGUGGACAUCUCCAUAGGCGACAGCCACUGCUUGGCUCUUUCACACGGUAAAGAGAGCAGGAUUCAUCUCAAAGACAAUGAAGUGUACGCUUGGGGCAACAACUCCAUGGGCCAGUGUGGCCAGGGCAACUCCACAGGGCCCAUCACCAAGCCAAAGAAGGUGGUGGGUUUGGAUGGGGUGGCCAUUCAGCAGAUCUCAGCUGGCACCUCCCACAGCCUGGCAUGGACAGCACUGCCCAGGGACAGGCAAGUGGUGGCUUGGCACAGGCCCUACUGCGUGGACCUCGAAGAAAGUACCUUUUCCCACCUGCGCUCAUUCCUGGAGCGCUACUGCGAUGGCAUCAAUAGUGAGGUGCCGCCCCUCCCCUUCCCCUCCUCCAGGGAGCAUCACAACUUCCUCAAACUCUGCCUUCGGUUGUUGUCCAAUCACCUGGCCUUGGCUUUGGCCGGGGGUGUGGCCACCAGUAUCCUGGGGCGACAGGCCCGUCCCCUUCGUAACCUGCUCUUCAGACUGAUGGACUCCUCUGUGCCUGAUGAGAUUCAAGAGGCGGUGAUGGAGACCCUGUCUGUGGGGGCCACCAUGCUGCUGCCUCCUCUGAGAGAGCGCAUGGAGCUGCUCCACUCUCUGCUGCCCCAAGGCCCCGACAGAUGGGAGAGCCUUUCCAAAGGACAGAGAAUGCAGCUGGACAUCAUCUUGACCAGCCUACAGGACCACACGCAUGUGGCCUCGUUGCUAGGCUACAGCUCGCCCCCCGACGCCCCUGAGGGCCUCUCUUCUGCAAGCCUCAGUUUCGGCCUCCCCACGGACCCUCCCUAUGGCUCGCCUGGCAGCCACCCCGACACCCACCUGGCAGAGAUCCUCAUGAAGACCCUGCUGAGAAACCUGGGCUUCUACACGGAUCAGGCGUUUGGUGAGCUGGAGAAGAACAGUGACAAGCUGCUGCAGGGGACGUCCUCGUCAGACAGCAGCCAGCCUGCCCACCUCCACGAGCUGCUCUGCUCCCUGCAGAAACAGCUGCUGGCUUACUGCCACAUCAACUGUGUCACGGAGAACUCCAGCAGCGUGGCUCUACUCCACAAGCACCUGCAGCUGUUGCUGCCCCACGCCACCGACAUCUUCUCUCGCUCUGCCGCCCUGCUGAAGGAGAGCUCCUGGAACGGCAGCGUCAGGGAGAAGCUCCGAGAUGUGAUCUACGUGUCGGCGGCAGGCAGCAUGCUAUGUCAGAUCAUCAACUCCUUGCUGUUGCUGCCGGUGUCCGUGGCCCGGCCCCUGCUGGGCUACCUGCUGGACCUGCUGCCCCCUCUUGACCGUCUCAACAGACUGCUGCCCGCAGCCACCCCCCUGGAGGACCAGGAGCUGCAGUGGCCCCUGCACGGCACCCCAGACUUUGUGGACCCUGCGGCAGGCGUGCCCCUGGCUCAGCCUGCCCAGUCCUGGGUGUGGCUGGUGGAUCUGGAGCGUACUGCCGCCCUGCUGGUGGGCCGCUGCCUGGGGGGCAUGCUGCAGGGAGCCCCCACCUCCUUGGAGGAGCAGGACACCGCCUACUGGCUCAAGACCCCCCUCUUCAGCAACGGCCUGGAGAUGGACAUCCCACAGCUAGACAACUGCAUCAGCUCGCUGCUAGAUGUGGCCCUCUCUGGUAACGAGGAGCAGAAACCUUUCGAUUGCACUUUGAGACCCGACAUGAGCGUCCUUGUCGACCUGGCUCUGGGCUCCACCAAAGAACCCACCAACAGCCUCUGGAUCAACAUGCAGGACUACGCUGUCAGCAAAGAUUGGGACAAUGCUUCUCUCAGCAACGAGUCCCUGUUGGACACAGUGUCCAGGUUCGUGCUGGCCGCUCUGCUGAAGCACACUGGACUGCUGGGACAAGCUUGUGGAGAGGGAAGGUACCAGCCCUGCAAGACCCUGGCAGAGGUCUACAGGAGUGUGUACAAGGUGCGGAAUCGCCUGCUGGCCUGCAAGAACAUGGAGCUGAUCCAGACCCGCUCCUCCUCGCGGGAGAGACGGAUUUCUGACAAUCAAGACUCCCUGGAGAUGGACCCCCAGGAGCACUCGUUCACACGGACCAUCGACGAGGAGGCAGAGUUGGAAGAGCGGGCAGACCGGGAGAGGGAGGAGGGCCAUCAGGAGCAGGACGAGGAGGAGGACGAGAGGGAGCACGAAGUCAUGACGGCUGGAAAAAUCUUUCAAUGUUUCCUCUCAGCGCGUGAGGCGGCGCGGAGCCGUGAGAGGGAGCGGGCCAGCAGCAGCACCGGCCUGGGCCUCAGCUCCACCCCCCGGAGCGCCGGCAGCGGAGGAGGUGGAGCGAGCAGCGCAGGCGGAGGAGGAGGAGGAGAGGAAGAGCCCACGCCUUCCCUGGAGGAGAGGAGGGACAGCACGGGGCUGCCAGAGGGCCAGGAUCUAUACACAGCGGCGUGCAACUCUGUGAUCCACCGCUGUGCUCUGCUGGUGCUGGGGGUCAGCCCUGUGCUGGGGGAGCUGGGGAAGCAGAACCAGGAGGAAGGAGGCCCCCUGACCACUGGACCUGGGGGGGUCCAGCAGGAGGGGGUGGGCUUUAUGACCAGGAGUGAGAGCCUAAGCGCCGAGAGCCAUUCUGUCCAGACCAGUCCCAGCUACAGACUGAUCAAGUCCAGGAGCGAGUCCGACCUCUCCCAGCCGGAGUCUGACGAGGAGGGCUAUGCUCUGAGCGGCAGAAGAAAUGUUGACCUCGACUUGGCCUUUUCUCAUAAAAAGAGAGGUUUACUCCAUACCUCGCCGGACUCCCUGGCUGACUCGUGGUUCCGCGCCAAGCACAGCCGCCAGGGCCGCUACAGUUCUGCCUACGACGAGUCAGACCUGGACUUGAGCCACUCACUCGGGGUCCACGCGCUCAUCGACAACAUUGUCAGCUUUGUGAGCGGCGACGUGGGCAACGCGCCAGCCUUCAAGGAGCCGGAGGAGAGCAUGUCCACCAGCCCGCAGGCCACCAUCCUGGCCAUGGAGCAGCAGCAGAGCCGGGCCGAGUUGCGUCUGGAGGCGCUCCACCAGAUCGUGGUUCUGAUCUCGGGCAUGGAGGAGAAGAGCAGUCAGACGGCGGGGGCUGGUCGUCCCAGCGCCGCCUUCCAGUCCUCCUCCCUACUCACCUCCGUCAGGCUGCAGUUCCUGGCGGGCUGCUUCGGCCUGGGCACUGUGGCCACCGGGGGACUGAAGGGAGAGAACGUCCAGCUCCACCACUAUCAGGACUGUGUAAAGGCAGCUAAAAGAAGUCUCCAGAUGGACAUCCAGACCGCUGUGCACAAGAUCUACCAGCAGCUGUCCAUCACCCUUGAAAGAGCCCUGCAAGCCAACAAACAUCACAUAGAGGCCCAGCAGCGCCUCCUCCUGGUCACGGUGUUCGCCCUCAGCGUGCGCUACCAGCCGGUGGACGUGUCCCUGGCCAUCUCCAGCGGCCUGCUCAACGUGCUGUCCCAGCUGUGUGGCACAGAGACCAUGCUGGGCCAGCCUCUCCAGCUGCUGCAGAAGCCCGGCGUCUCCCAGCUCAGCACCGCCCUCAAGGUGGCCUCCACACGCCUGCUGCAGAUCCUGGCCAUCAGCACUGGCACGUAUGCAGACAAGCUGAGUCCCAAGGUGGUGCAGUCUCUGCUGGACCUGCUGUGUAGCCAGCUGAAGAACCUGCUUUCCCAGGCCGGCGUCAGCCUGCUCUCCCCUGCUGAGGAGGAGGACAAGAAGUCAGAGGAUGGAGCUGACUCUGAGAAGAAAGACUUCAGAGCCCUCCUUCGUAAACAGCACACGGCGGAGCUCCACCUUGGAGACUUCCUGGUCUUCCUCAGGAGGGUGGUGUCCUCCAAGGCCAUCCAGUCUAAGAUGGCCUCCCCCAAAUGGACAGAGGUGCUGCUUAACAUUGCAGCCCAGAAAUGCUGUUCAGGAGUUCCUCUGGUGGGGAACCUGAGAACUCGUCUCCUGGCCCUGCAUGUCCUGGAGGCCAUCCUGCCCGCCUGUGAGGCCAACGUAGAGGAUGACCAAAUCACCCAGGUGGUCGAGCGCCUGUUCUCCUUGUUGUCGGACUGCAUGUGGGAGGCCCCCAUCGCCCAGGCCAAGCACACCAUUCAGAUCAAAGAGAAAGAGCAGGAGUUGAAGCUACAGGGAGAGGUGGAAGAGGAGGAUGAGAACCUCCCUAUCCAGGAGGUCUCGUUUGACCCGGAGAAGGCCCAGUGCUGCGUGGUGGAGAACGGCCAGGGUCUGACCCACGGCAGCGGGGGGAAGGGCUACGGCCUGGCAUCCACUGGCAUCUCCUCAGGCUGCUACCAGUGGAAGUUUUACAUUGUGAAAGAGAACCGGGGCAACGAGGGCACGUGUGUGGGCGUGUCCCGCUGGCCUGUGCAUGACUUCAACCACCGCACCACCUCAGACAUGUGGCUGUACCGCGCCUACAGCGGAAACCUGUACCACAACGGAGAGCAGACGCUCACGCUCAGCAGCUUCACCCAGGGAGACUUCAUCACCUGCGUCCUCGACAUGGAGGCCAGGACCAUCUCCUUUGGCAAGAACGGAGAGGAACCGAAAUUGGCUUUUGAAGACGUAGAUGCGUCAGAGCUGUACCCCUGUGUCAUGUUCUACAGCAGCAACCCAGGAGAGAAGGUGAAGAUCUGUGACAUGCAGAUGCGGGGCACUCCCCGUGACCUCCUCCCAGGUGACCCCGUGUGCAGCCCUGUGGCCACCGUCCUGGCCGAGGCCACCACGCAGCUCAUCCGCAUCCUGCACCGCUCCGACCACUGGACCCACCGCAUCAACAAGAUCAUGACCGAGCGCCUGCACAAGAUCAAGCCCUGCUUCCGCGAGGCGGCGGCCGGCGGCGGCGGGGGUCAGAGGUUAAAGAAGAGCCGCUCGGUGCAGAGCCGCGAGGAGCACGACGCCACGCAGAGGGAGAACACGUCCCACGACGCGCCGGGCCGGCCCGGCGAGGAGGAGAGGGGGCGCCACGGGCGGCAGCACGGCCUGGGGGAGCUCUCGGAGCAGCACCUUCGGACGCUGUGCACGGAGGUGUGGCCGGUGCUGGCCGUGAUCGGCGGGGCCGACGCCGGGCUGCGCGUGGGCGGGCGCUGCGUGCACAAGCAGACGGGACGGCACGCCACGCUGCUGGGCGUGGUCAAGGAGGGGAGCACAUCGGCCAAGGUCCAAUGGGACGAGGCUGAGAUCACCAUCAGCUUCCCAACUUUUUGGUCGCCUAGUGACACGCCGCUGUACAACCUGGAGCCCUGCGAGCCCCUCCCCUUUGACGUGGCGCGCUUCCGCGGCCUGACCGCCUCCCUCCUGCUGGACCUCACCUACCUGACCAGCAUCCACGAGGACGCCGCCAAGCUGGGCGCCAGGCGCCACGACAAGAAGCACCGCGGCGCCGGCGCUCACGACUCGGCCCCCGCCGCCAGCGAAGACGCCGCCAACAAGAUGCCCGGCGAGGCGGAGGGGCACCGUAAAGCGGAGCAGAAGGAUGCCGCCGCAACGACCACGGCCGCUGCUUCCGACCUCCGCGUGUCGCACAGCCUGGACGAGGUCAAAGCGCACGCCACCCCGAACUCGAAAUCCGAGAGCGAGAUCUCCUCUUACGCCCUGGACUCGCAGCAGCAGCAGCAGCAGCAGCAGGCAGGGGAGCGAGGGGGAGGGGGAGGCAGCGCUGGUGCAGACACUGUGUUCCCUGCCCCUCCGACGCCGGCAGAGGGCAACCGGAAGAGGGGCCAUGAGCACGGCACACGUAGCCACGAGCCGUCGCCCUCGUCGAGCGCCGCCACCCAGAGUGAGAUCCACGCCGUGCAGCUGUCCUACCUCUACCUGGGGGCCAUGAAGGCCCUGAGCGCCCUGCUCAGCUGCAGCAAGUACGCUGAGCUGCUGCUCAUCCCCAAGGUCGUCCCAGAAGCUGCUUCAAGCGGCCACAACGCCGACCUCAACGCAGGUUCCGCCAGCGCGGCCAGCGCUGCUUCACCAGUGUGCCAGGAAGAGGUGGAGAUGCGGGCGGCGUUGCAGUUUCUAAUGCGCCACAUGGUGAAGCGGGCAGUGAUGCGCUCGCCCAUCAAGCGGGCGCUGGGCCUGGUGGACCUGGAGAGGGCACAGGCCAUGAUCUACAAGCUGGUGGUGAACGGGCUGCUGGAGGUGCCCAGCGCGGCCAAGCCUGGUGUCAAAUCAGACCCAGAGUGUGAGGGGGAGACGGAGGGCGGCGAGAUGCUGGCCCAGACGCCCGUCACCACCAGCCCCUCGGCCUCCAGCACCACCUCCUUCAUGAGCUCGUCCCUGGAGGACACCACCACCGCCACCACCCCAGUCACCGACACUGAGACCGUGCCCGCCUCCGAGUCCCCUGGGGUCAUGCCCCUGAGCCUGCUCAGGCAAAUGUUCUCCAGCUACCCAACCACCACCUUGCUACCGACUCGCCGUGCUCAGACCCCCCCGGUGUCCUCUCUCCCCACCUCCCCCUGCGAUGAGGUGGGCCGCAGACAGAGCCUUACCUCCCCUGACUCCCAGCCUUCCAGGCCGGCUAACAGGACCGGUAUCUCCCUGUCCGACCCCAGCAGCAGACUGUCCACCUCCCCUCCCCCUCCUGCUAUCGCUGUGCCCCUGCUGGAGAUGGGCUUCUCCCUGCGCCAGAUCACCAAGGCCCUGGAGGCAACAGGUGCCCGCGGCGAGGCAGAUGCCCAGAACAUCACGGUGCUGGCCAUGUGGAUGAUAGAACACCCGGGCACCGAGGAGGAGGAGGAUCCCCACCCCGAGGGAGGAGGCUCGGACUCGUCCUCCUGCCCCGGGGCCUCUGGAGGAGGAGGAGGAGGAGGAGGAGGAGGAGGAGGGAAGUCCCUGGACAGGAGCUCCUACCUGCUCUCCCCAGGGGAAAUCCCCAACGCUGACGCUGCUGAGAUGGAGGAGGGCUUCAGCGAGAGUCCUGAGGGUCUGGACCAGGACAGUGCCUCAGCCUCCAGUGGGCCUGCUCCCAGGGGCCGCUCUGCAGUCAGCAGGAAACACCGCUUUGACCUGGCCGCUCGCACACUGCUGGCCCGCGCUGCCGGUCUGUACCGCUCAGUCCAGGCCCACAGGAGCCAGUCUCGGCGGGAGGGCUCAGGGCUGCAGCAGCAGCAGGACCCAGGGGCCCUGUACGACUUCAACCUGGACGAGGAGCUGGAGAUGGACCUGGAUGAGGAGACCAUGGAGGCCAUGUUCGGCCAGGACCUGGCCAGCGACACCGACAUUCUGGGAAUGUGGAUCCCGGAGGUAUUGGACUGGCCAACAUGGCACGUGUGUGAGACGGAGGAGCGUGACGAGGUGGUGGCCUGUGAGCUGUGCGAGGCCAGCGUGGCCAACUUCAACCAGCACAUGAAGAAGACCCACCCUGGCUGUGGGCGCAGCGCCAACCGCCAGGGUUACCGCAGCAACGGCUCGUACGUGGACGGCUGGUUCGGCGGCGAGUGUGGCAGCGGCAACCCGUACUAUCUGCUGUGUGGCAGCUGCCGGGAAAAAUACCUGUCUGUCAAGAGCAAGGCCAAAGUCCCUGUCAUGGAGAGCAGAUAUAAAGGGCAAGCUCCAGACCUGCUAGGAAAGCAAGACAGCGUUUACGAGGAGGACUGGGACAUGCUGGACGUGGAUGAGGAUGAGAAGCUGACUGGGGAGGAGGAGUUUGAGCUCCUGGCCGGCCCGCUGGGCCUGAGCGAGCGCAGGGUGGUCCCCGAGGCCGUGCAGUUCCCCGACAGCGACCCCCUCGGAGCCUCGGUCGCCAUGGUGACGGCCACCAACAGCAUGGAGGAGACAUUGCUGCAGAUAGGAUAUCACGGCUCAGUGGAAAAGGCCUCGUCAGGCCGGGUGACCUUGGGCGAGCAGGCGGCCGCCCUGCAGAACCCCCACGACCGCGUCAUGGCCCUGAGGAGGGUGACGUCUGCAGCCCAGGUGCUCUUGGCCAGGACCAUGGUCAUGAGAGCCCUCUCCCUCCUCUCCGUCAGUGGUUCCAGCUGCAGCCUAGCAGCCGGUCUGGAGUCUCUAGGCCUGACAGACAUCAGGACCCUGGUCAGACUCAUGUGCCUGGCUGCGGCGGGCAGAGCCGGUCUCUCCACCAGCCCCAUGUCGGGUGGCGGGGGGCUGGAGCGCCCACGCGGGGCCACCAAGGCCAGCAAGCCCAUUUCAUGCCUGGCUUACCUCAGCACAGCUGUGGGCUGCUUGGCCUCCAACAGCCCCCACGCUGCCAAGCUGCUGGUUCAGCUCUGCACUCAGAACCUGAUCGCUGCUGCCACAGGGAUGAACCUGACCACAGUGGAUGACCCCAUCCAAAGAAAGUUCCUUCCCAGCUUCCUGCGGGGGGUGGCAGAGGAGAACAAGCUUGUGACCUCACCUAACUUUGUGGUCACCCAAGCUUUAGUGGCCCUCCUGGCUGACAAAGGGGCCAGACUGAGACCGAACUAUGACAAGGCAGACAUUGAGAAAAGAGCAGGUCUAAUUGCGCAUUUGUAUGCCCAUCCUUCCUAUAACCCCUCCGUUGUAGGAGCUCUGGAGCUGGCCAACGCCCUGGCGGCCUGCUGCCUGUCCUCCAGGCUCUCCUCACAGCACCGCCAGUGGGCAGCUCAGCAGCUGGUCCGAACACUGGCUGCACACGACCGCGACAACCAGAGCCGCCCACAGACCUUCGCCGACAUGGCGGGGGACCUGCGCAAGUGCUCCAUGGUCAAGCUGGAGGCCCACCAGAGCAGGGUUAUCACGUGCAGUUGGUGCAGUAAAAAAGGCCUGUUGGCCACAAGUGGAAAUGAUGGAACAGUCAGAAUGUGGAAUGUGACCAAAACCCAGUACACCCUUCAGCAGACCUGCAUCUUCAAUAAAACCGAGAGUUCUGAGGAGGGCAUGGCUAACCUGGGCUCUCCUGGCGACCCCAGUCUCUCUCCUGUGGCCUGGAGUGUCACCGGCCAAUAUCUUGCUGCUGCCGUGGAGAAGAUGGUCAACAUCUGGCAAGUCAACGGGGGGAAGGGCCUGCUGGACGUGCAGCCCCACUGGGUGUCGGCCCUGGCAUGGCCGGAGGGCGAGGCCGUGUCCCUGUGGAGCGGCGAGCCCAGAGACCUGCUGCUGGUGGGCCGCAUGGACGGCUCCCUGGGCCUCAUCGAGGUGCUGGAUUCCUCCACGAUGCACCGCACUGAGCUGGAGCACUGCUACAGGAAGGAUGUGGCUGUGAUGCAUAUAGCCUGGUACAGUGAGGACAAGCCCUAUGCUGUGGGAUAUGCUGAUGGGAAGCUGCUAAUUGGAACCAAAGAGCCUCUGGAAAAAGGAGCUUUUAUGGUUAUUGAUGCACAUAAGGAGUCCAUCACUAGUAUGAAGUGGGACCCUAGUGGGCAGCUGCUGCUGACCUGUGCCAAAGAGGAGACGGUGAAGCUGUGGGCCAGUCAGAGCUCGGGCACCGGGUCUGGGCCUGGGUCUGGCUGGCGCUGUCUGCAGAGCCUCCCCCACCCUGCGCUGGUCAACGGCCUGGCCUGGUGCAGCCUUCCUGGCCACGGCCCCAAACCCUACAGCAUGCUGGCCACAUGUUGCCAGAACGGUCUAGUCUCAGUCUGGACUGUACCUCAAGACGCCUCCAGCUUCCCAGAAUUCUCCUCUUCCGGCUCUGAAGGAUGUUGGGAAAACGAACCGAAAGCCAAACUCAAGCAGUGCUCCAGGCGGUCCAGGGGCUCAGAGGGCGUGGUGUGUGUGUUCCAGCUGAAAGGUCACAUCACCCCGGUCAGGACCCUGGCCUUCAGCCCCGACGGUCUGGCGCUGGCGUCUGGAGGGGUGGGCGGCCUCAUGAACAUCUGGUCGCUACGGGAUGGCUCAGUGCUCCAGACAAUAGUAGCCGGUUCCGGAGCCAUCCAGAACAUGGUCUGGAUCCCAGAUGUGGGCGUCGCCAUCUGCUCCAACAGGUCAAAGGAUGUACUGGUGGUAAACUGCUCCACAGACUUCGUUUCUUCCAACCAUGUGCUGGCCACCUGUCGGACCUCCCUCAAGAAGCAGGGGGUUGUGGGAUUGAACAUGGCGCCCUGCAUGAGGGCCUUUCUGGAGGGUCUUCCAACUAUGCUUCAGGAACAGUACACCUAUGAGAAGCCCCAUGUGGUGUGUGGGGAGCAGCUGGUCCACAGCCCCUAUAUGCAGUGCCUGGCCUCACUGGCCGUGGGGCUCCACCUGGACCAGCUCCUGUGCCGAGCCCCUCUGCCCCCCCACCUGCGCCGCUGCCCCCCCGAGCCUGGCACCUUGUCUGCUGCUAACUGGAGCUCCACUGAGUGGGCGUGGCUGGACUGCUUCUCCACCACGGUGAAGGCAGCGGAGGCGCUUGCACGCGGCGCCACCUUCCCCGACUCCUUUGCCGUGCCUGACCUGGAGCCCGUGGCCAAAGAGGAGAUGGCCCUGCUCAUGGAUAACAGUAAAUGGGUAUCUGGUUUGGAUGAGCAGAUCAUGUCUUGGGCCACAUUCAGACCAGAGGACUGGCACUUGGGAGGAAAGUGUGACGUGUUUCUGUGGGGAGCUGGGCGCCACGGCCAGCUGGCAGAGGCGGGCAGAAACAUCUUGGUGCCAACCACGGCUCCAUCUUUCUCUCAGGCACAACAGGUGGUGUGUGGUCAGAACUGCACCUUUGUCAUCCAGGCCAAUGGGACAGUGUUGGCCUGUGGAGAGGGCAGCUACGGCCGCCUAGGACAGGGCAACUCAGACGACCUGCACGUGCUCACUGUCAUCUCAGCCCUGCAAGGCUUCGUUGUGACACAGCUGGUGACGUCAUGUGGCAGUGACGGCCACUCCAUGGCCCUGACCGAGAGCGGCGAGGUGUUCAGCUGGGGCGAUGGAGACUACGGCAAGCUAGGCCACGGAAACAGCGACCGCCAACGCCGACCCAGACAGAUAGAGGCCCUGCAGGGGGAGGAGGUCGUCCAGAUGUCCUGUGGGUUCAAACACUCGGCUGUAGUUACUGCAGACGGAAAGCUGUUCUCUUUUGGCAACGGAGACUACGGCAGGCUGGGUCUGGGUAACACCUCCAACAAGAAGCUCCCAGAGAAGGUGACAGCCCUGGAGGGCUACCAGGUUGGACAGGUGGCGUGCGGCCUAAAUCACACCUUAGCAGUCUCUGCAGAUGGCAUGAUGGUGUGGGCCUUCGGAGACGGGGAUUACGGAAAACUGGGUCUGGGGAAUUCUACAGCCAAGUCGUCACCUCAGAAAGUGGAUGUCCUCUGUGGAAUCGGCAUCAGAAAAGUGGCCUGUGGAACACAGUUCUCUGUAGCCCUUACCAAAGAUGGAAAUGUGUUUACAUUCGGCCAAGACCGCCUAAUUGGCUUGCCCGAGGGAUGGGCGCGGAACCACAAUCGCCCCCAGCAGGUGCCGGCUCUGUCGGGGGUCUUCAUCGAGGACAUUGCUGUUGGCGCCGAACACACACUGGUGCUCUCCUCCACAGGAGACGUCUACACCUGGGGCAGCAACUCAGAGGGACAGUUGGGUCUUGGUCACACCAACCAUGUGAGGGAGCCUACCCUGGCAAGUGCCCUGCAGGGCAAGAACAUCCACCAGAUUUCUGCUGGCCGCUGCCACAGCGCAGCCUGGACCGCUCCGUCGGUUCCCCCAAGGGCUCCAGGCUCCUCAGUGCCCCUGCAGCUGGGCCUGCCUGUGGCUGUGCCCCCCCAGUACAGCUGUCUGAAGGAGGUCAGCAUGGAGGCGGUGAGGGCCAGGCUCAGGCUGCUCUACCACUUCUCUGACCUCAUGUACUCCUCCUGGAGACUGCUCAACCUCAGCCCCAACAACCAGAGCUGCACCUCUCACUACAAUGCUGGUACGUGGGGGAUCGUCCAGGGCCAGCUGAGGCCCCUGCUGGCCCCCAGGGUUUACACCCUGCCCAUGGUCCGCUCCAUAGGAAAGACCAUGGUCCAGGGCAAGAACUACGGGCCUCAGAUCACUGUCAAAAGGAUCUCCACACGAGGGCGCAAGUGCAAGCCCAUCUUUGUGCAGAUUGCCCGGCAGGUGGUGAAGCUGAACGCCUCUGACUUGCGGCUGCCUUCGCGGGCCUGGAAGGUGAAGCUGGUGGGAGAGGGGGCUGAUGAUGCCGGGGGCGUCUUUGACGACACCAUCACUGAGAUGUGCCAGGAGCUGGAGACUGGUGUGGUGGACCUCCUUAUCCCCUCCCCAAACUCUACAGCAGAGGUGGGCUACAACAGAGACAGGUUCCUGCUGAACCCGUCAGCCUGCCUGGACGAACAUCUGCUCCAGUUCAAGUUCCUGGGAAUCCUGAUGGGCGUGGCAAUCCGCACCAAGAAGCCCCUGGACCUGCACCUGGCCCCACUGGUGUGGAAGCAGCUGUGCUGCAUCCCCCUGCUGCUGGAGGACCUGGAGGAGGUGGACCUGCUCUAUGUGCAGACGCUCAACAGCAUUCUUCACAUUGAAGACAGCGGCAUCACGGAGGACAAUUUCCAUGAGAUGAUUCCUCUGGAUUCCUUUGUGGGUCAAAGUGCCGACGGCAAGAUGGUGCCCAUCAUCCCAGGAGGAAACAGCAUCCCCCUCACCUUCUCUAACAGGAAGGAGUACGUGGACCGAGCCAUAGAGUACAGACUGCACGAGAUUGAUCGACAAGUGGCGGCGGUGCGCGAGGGCAUGUCAUGGAUCGUGCCCGUGCCUCUGCUGUCCCUACUGACUGCCAAGCAGCUGGAGCAGAUGGUGUGCGGCAUGCCAGAGAUCUGCUGUGAGGUGCUGAAGAAGGUGGUGCGUUACCGCGAGGUGGACGAGCAGCAUGCCCUGGUGCAGUGGUUCUGGCAGACCCUGGAUGAGUUCUCCAACGAGGAGCGCGUGCUCUUCAUGCGCUUCGUCUCCGGGCGCUCCAGGCUGCCCGCUAACACGGCCGACAUCUCCCAGAGGUUCCAGAUUAUGAAGGUGGACAGGCCGCAUGACAGCCUGCCCACCUCCCAGACGUGUUUCUUCCAGCUGCGUCUGCCUCCCUACUCGAGCCAGAUCGUCAUGGCUGAGAGACUUCGCUAUGCCAUCAACAACUGCCGCUCCAUCGAUAUGGACAACUACAUGCUCUCCCGUAACGUUGACAACGCUGAGGGCUCCGACACCGAUUAUUAGAUCUCGAUCAAACACACAUACACACGUAUUGUUCUCACAUACUUACCUUGGAAAGACUGAGCCUGGCUAUAUGCUGUCUGCUCACAGACUGCAAAUAAACACUCAGCAAGAACCCAGAGGUGCAUCACAAUCACAUUACCUAAUUGUAGGAACUCCUGAGCAAAAGAGGCAUCUUAUUCAUGAGAACCGGACAGUCACUAUUUAAUGCAUUCUUUGAUGUACUCACAAGACACAUUACAAUUUCAGUAUUUGAUUUCACCUUAUGGUUUCUUAUAGCAGUUUCAAGAACAGCAAUCCACAUGAGCAGUGCAUCGGGUAUUAUUGGUUAUUGCUCCACAUCCUAUUUUCAGGUUUUUAGCAUGGAGGUACUGUAUGUUUAUUUUGUUUGGAAAUGUGUAUAGAAUUAUUGAACCCUGUGGAGGGGGGGGGGGGGGGGGGAAUAUUGUACAUUAUGUAUAAUGCUUCAUUAGGAAAAUGUUUUACAUGAAUAUCCAUAUUUAUUUUCUUUUAAUUUUUAAUUGCCUAUGCCGAGUUUCCUAAAGCAGAAAAAAACACAAUAAAGGCUUCAACAA